GACUGGAGGGCUCAGGGUUCUGUCCUACAAAAUGCUCCACUUGGCUCUGGAUGCUGGACUAGAGUGAAAGGCGGUCCAGGACGCCUAUGUCUUUCAACAUGGAUACGCCUAUUUAGAAACCUAUAGAAGCACAUACACUCUUCUUCUUCUUCUUCUUUUUGUGUGUGUGGAAGAUGCAACUAACAGCUUAAGAAAAAGAACGACCUGCAGGGGCCAACUUUUCCAAGGACCAGGCCCCUUUCUACCUGUGGCUUCCUUUGGAAGAGGCCUGGGGAGCAGAGAGCCACUCUGGAUGGAGCUUCAGCUUUAGGAUGGAUGGAUGUUGGGUGACCCCUGCUGGCUCAACCUUCUUUUGGUGGAAAGCACUGGAGGGGAAGGAAUGUGUGUGUUUGGGUACAGAAGUGUCCCUAAAGAGGAGAAGCGUCUCCCUCUAGGUUGACUUGGUGUUGCUGCUGUGAAGAAGGAGCCAGUGGGGGGGGGUGCUCUGAGUCUCCCCUUCCCUUGAGGCCUGCCUUUGCCCUGCUGCCAGCACCCUGGUCUCUCCAGUCAGUGGCCAAAGCGCCCCAGAGCUUCCCGCCUCUUCUGCAUCUUCUUCACCUGCAGCAGUUCCUCCUUUGACUCUUUGACAAACAGCCCUCUCGGGGCUCCUGGUCUGCAUCGGGUCGUCUCUCGCUCUCUCUUUGGCUGGACCUCCCCAGGCCCUUCUUCUCUGGACCUUCUUCAGCCUCUCUCUUCCUCCUCCGGGGCCAGAAUCGGGACACCUGCCCAGCUGCCAGGGGCCAUGAGGAAAGGCGGCGUGGAGAACCCGGCUUUCGAGCCCAGCAGCCCGGAGCCUGGCAGGGCUGCACCGUCGGCCCAGGCCGCCUCUUCCGAGCUGCGCUUCCAGGGGAUCACCGACUCGCCCAGCUUCGAGCCCGGAGAGGAGCUCUGCGGCUUCGGAGGCUACGCGCCCGCCGCCUUCCAGAUCUUCAACAACGCCAAGGGCUACCUGAUCUUUUACAGCCUCCUCUCCAUCUUCCAAGGCAUUGUGGUAAAUGGACUAAUAAAUGUGAGCAUUUCCACUAUUGAGAAGCGUUACGACUUGAAUAGUUCCCUCACUGGUGUAAUUUCUGCGGGCUAUGACAUUUCGUUCUGUGCUUUAUGCCUUUUUAUAUCCUUCUAUGGUGAAAGAGGGCACAAACCAAGAUGGCUUGCCAUGGCAUCUUUCCUCAUAGCAUUAGGAUCACUCGUAUUUUCCUUGCCACAUUUUACUAGUGGAAUAUACACAUAUGGAGACAAAAUUGAAGAUACUUGUCCUGUACCUCCAUUUGGAAUGCACAAUGGCACAUGUACUGGCCAAAGAAGAUCUAAACUCACCAACUACUUCUUUGUCUUUCUGCUGGGCCAGUUACUCUUGGGAGCAGGAGGAACUCCCCUUUACACAUUGGGAACAGCUUUCAUUGAUGACAGUGUUCCAAAACACCAAUCUUCAGUCUAUAUAGGCAUUGGUUACGCUAUGUCACUUCUGGGUCCUGCUAUUGGCUAUGUACUAGGAGGACAGUUGCUUAAUAUCUAUGUUGAUUUCAAUCGUCAAGUAAGCAUAGACAUCACUCCCACAGAUCCACGCUGGGUUGGAGCUUGGUGGAUAGCAUUUGUUGUCUGCAGCUUUGCUACUUGCCUUUUAGUAGCACCGUUUUCAUAUUUCCCAAAGCAUUUGCCAGGUACACAAAAAAUACGAGCUGAAAAGGUCUGUGAAGCACAUCUUGGUGAUAAAUCGAGUCUUGACUGUCCUGGGAGGAAUUUAAAAGGCUUUAUAUUGACUCUCUGGAUGCUGCUCAGGAACCCUGUGCUAAUGUGUCUUGUAAUAGCUGCUGCAUUAGAAGCUUUAGUUGCCACUGGUUUUGCAACCUUCUUGCCAAAAUUUAUUGAAAAUCAGUUUGGGUAUACCUCUAGUUAUUCUGCUACCUUAGGAGGGCUUGUAUUGGUCCCAGGAGCAGCAAUAGGUCAAGUAAUAAGUGGAACCUUGAUUUCCAAGCUCCAAAUGAAUUGCAAAACUAUAAUCAAGUUUAUUCUCAUGACUUGUUCAGUGGCACUUUUACUAAAUAUGGUGUUUGCGUUUGCUAAAUGUGGGAAUGAACCAUUUGCUGGUGUCUCUGAAACAUAUAAUGGGACAGGCACACUAUCAAACUUAGAUGCACCCUGCAAUGCCCACUGUAAGUGCAUGCCUUCAGCUUUUGAACCUGUCUGUGGGGCAGAUCAAAUUCAAUAUUUUUCUCCAUGUUAUGCAGGAUGUACCACUGUGAUUAAUCAAAAAGAUACAAAGGUCUAUAGCAACUGUUCCUGUAUUGGAAAUCCAACAGUUGUAAUUGAGAAUACCAUCCGUGGGGCUCUGUCUGGGAAAUGUAGAUCCAAGUGUACAGUCCUGCCUUGGUUUCUGAGCUUUUUCUUUUUAGCUGUUGUUUUUACUUUUAUGGCAGUUACACCAACAACUGUGGCCAUUCUCAGAUGUGUACCCGAAAGGAACCGGUCAUUUGCUAUGGGUGUUCACAUGCUGUUUCUACGAAUUGUUGGUACUAUACCUGGACCAAUUCUGUUUGGUGUUGCAAUAGACCAUACAUGUACACUUUGGUCUGUUGAUGAAUGUGACAUUAGAGGAUCGUGUUGGACCUAUAACAACAGCAAAAUGGCAUAUAUGUUAAUGGGUAUAAGUGCGGUUUCCAAAGCAAUUUCCAUAGUUUUUACGUUUAUAGCAUGCAUCUUAUAUAAACCACCAAGUUCACCUGAUUGUUCAGAAAACAAGGAUGAAACUGUGAUUUCUGUACAGCUUUAACAUAAUGAUUUUUUGAGAGAAAAGAAGGACCGACAUCAUAGCUUCUUAAUAACGUAUCCUUGUAUCUGAACUUACUGAAUAUGAACCAUGCCAUAGCACUGGAGCACUUCUUGAUUAGCCAUUUCACAUUUUAAAAAUAAACACAGUUUUCCAGGUAGUCAUGGGGAGCAAUUUUUUAUUCAAACCAAAUCUUGUGGUGGUACUACUACCACUACUACUUUUUACCAAAAAAUUCAAGUCAUUUUGAUCAAAUGAUCAAGGAUUAGCUGACUUACUUAAUUUGCUGUUACCUAUUUCAAGAACCCAGCAGCAAAUUUGUUCAUGACAGUUUCUGAAAGAGUAAGUGUGGUUUAAUGCUUAUAUACUGUAGCAUCCUAGUGACAAAAGGAUGUACCUAUUUUCAGACUUCAUUACAAUUUCAGUAUUAUGCCUUUAUGAUUACAUGAUUAUACAGAAAAGGUGUUGCUAUGUCUCCCACUCCCUUCACUGUAACUGCAUGGUGACUGUUUAGUAAAGCAUUAGGGUUAGUCACAAGAUUCACCAGUAUUUUACCAAGUAUUUCAGUCUGAAAACUGGAACUAAAUCAACAGCCUGCACAUUGUUAUAUGUUUUCACACUGAAUCUUUGAAACUUAGGGGCUUGACAGAUGGGCAGAAAGGGGUGGCUAGACGCCACCCCUUUCUGCCCCGAAAGCAGGCUGCAGCAAUCACACGCUGUGGCCUGCACACAGCAGAAAAAGAAGCUCCAAAAAAGGGUGCCAUUGGCAUGCUUAAAUGCCAUGAUGACACCCCUCCUGUGCCGUGACAUUUGGGUGUGGCACAUGGUGAACGUCAUCAUCGCUCGCCCCGUGUAAAUGCUGGUAUGCCAAGAUGGUGCCCGUGGUGCGGCUUGGGAGCGUGCGGAUGCUCUGCUAUCCCGAGCCCUACUUUUGGCCCCAGACUGUACUGGGCCUUAGAACUUAGGAAAAGUGCUUCUUAAAGACUGCAGCUGCUAGAAUCCCCCAGCUACCCUCGCCACUGGCAGUUUAAAUUUUUUUCCCCUAAAUUCUGAGUCAGCAUGUGGUGAAUGUAAAUGUUUAUGUAAAAAUUGUUACAAUUGUACCUGAUGUUAGUGGAUGUCUAAGAGUCCAGAAAUAGGUUUGAAUGUAGAUAGUCACCUGGUAAGUGUGACUGAUAGCCAUGAGUCUUGUCAGAGAAAGGAAAAAAUACUUAGGGGCUAAACAGACAGCCUCUAAGGGGUGGCUCCAUGCAGCUCCUUUUCAUGCCAUAGAAAGUGUGCCCUAGCUGCUGCCAUGGUGGUUUUUUGGCACUCCUUUGGUGCAGCACUUUUAAACACUGUGGUUGGGUGUGUGACAUGAUGCUGGUAUGGGGGUGGCCAGCAUGCAUACACCACGCCACCAUGCCAGCGUAUAACACCAAUCUGUAGAGGCUCUUAGGCUUUUACUGUCAUAAGAUUUUGCUAGAUUCAUGACACUUGAAAUUAUAUGUUUUCACCAUAUUCUGGGCAUUCCUGUGACAGUUACAUGUUCAGUGUUGGUUCCCCCCCUCCCCCAAACAUGUGUGGGGAUCUUGGCUUUUCCCAACUUUUCCUUUCUUACAUGUCUUCUCUUGAUUUCUAGAGAAAGAUAAGUAUGAGUUUUAUAGGCAAAUAUAUUUACAGGGUGUUUCAUUAUCCAGAGGUCAUGAAAGAUACUGCUGUUUGCAUCUGUGGAUCAAAAAGAAUGGUGUAGCUAUAAUACUACAUUCCUUCUCUUACAAAGGCACUCACAAGUGGUAUCUGAAAUCAUCAGCAGCAAAAGGGAAUUGCAAUGAUACCAAAAGAUAGAUAAAGAGAAAGCCUGUAAAAAAGUUAAGAUUUUUGCUACCUAAAGACAUAAUAUAUUGUACUGCUGCUUCACAGUUCUACAGUUUUUUAAUGUUUUGUCAUAACAUUUGCACACAAUUCAUAAAUGAACCCACAAUCUUUUCUUACAGUGUUAGUGAAAGCUACUGUAAUCAACAUUGCUGUAUGUGUCUUAAUAGUGGAAAGAAACUUGCAGGGCAACAAAAAAGUGUCCUUAAUGCCCUUGGGUUACUUCUGCAUUUUGAAUUCUUAAGAUCAAGUCUUAAGUUGUUGAUCAUUUUAGGAGAAUUAAAAUAUGUGGAUAACAAAAUGAUAUAAAUUUUUAAGCUUUUAAUCAUCUUGAACAUUGUGUUUACAUGAUAAGAACCUUCAUAAACCAAGUGCCUUCAAGGUUUAAACCACAUUUACAAAGUGGGUACUCAAAAGAGUGGAUCUGAAGGGUUUUCCCCUCCUUUUUCCAUAGUUGCCUACCUGCACCUCAAAUUGCUUGUUCAGCUCACUUUUAUGACUUAUUUCAUGUACUUUUUUUAAUGCCAGAAACCCACAAACACAGAUUUGAUCAUUUUAGAUUCAGUUAUGCUUUCCUCUUGCAGUUUUCCUCUAAUGUUUUCCUAUAGAGAACAAUGACUUUACAUUCUGGUCUGUAAAUGUGUGAAUACAUAUGGACUUAACCAAUAAAAGUAAUCAUUUGGGUGCACGGUUCUUGGCAAAACCUUUCAUUUUAUAUCCUGAAGAAUAUGUCAAAGAUGCUGGACUAAAUGCAAUGGAGGAAUUUAGGAACUCUCCUUUUCCAUGUGAUCCUCUGUACUACUUGAAAAUUUACCCAAGGGGGUAGCCUUUCAGAGCCAGUUUUGGCAACACAUGAUGAAUUAGAGAGAGGAAGAGGAAACACUCUUCUCCCAAUUCUAGUGGAAUUGGCUCUUCUGUCAGUGGAAGACCUGCUUUUAUAUCUGCUCAUGUUUUUUAAGUGUCAAGCAAUACUGUCUUCCAUUAUAAUAGAAGGCUGAGUCUUCUCAAGUUCUGUGUGACCAUUCCAGUUUUAUACAUUGAAAGCUACCAGUAUGUUGGUUUAGAUUGCUCCUCAGUGUCAGAUGGUUCCACUCUUUCUUGUGAAUGUAUUUUUUCAAAGAUACAAAUAUAUAGCUCUAUGCAAAUAUCCUAAAUGGACUACAUUCCUUUCAUGUCAAAAUGGCAUUGUGUAAUACUUUAGAUGGAAAAUAGUAUUUAUUUUAGAGAGUCACAAUAGAAUGUAAAAAAAAAUGUUCAAAC